GUAUAAAUUACUCUUAUGUUUGACCGUCGACUUCCCCCGUAGGCGCCCCACAACCAUUUAACGUGCUAACCCGUACGAAUGCUCGCGUAGAAGAAGAAUAUUUCUACCGGGGGUGUGUUACGGUGGAAGUCUGCUGUCUAAACCAGUGAGCUCAGACAUGAGGGCUCGUUGGACACUUCUCGCUUUUAUAGGGACCGUAUUCAUGUUUACUUCAAUAUACUUCGUCAACAAAGGCAAUCUUAAGCUGCAGCUCGGUGAUGCUGCGCUGCCAACCACCGAGGCAUCGAAGCCAAAAGAAAUCACCAGAGCAGAGAGGCUGCAGCACUUGUACCCCGACCCCAACAAUGACACGUUGCUUCUGCCUACUAAACACUUUAUGGAUCGUAUGGUGCGACAGGACCUCAUGACCUUAUAUCACAGAUAUAUCAAUAGUCUUCAGUAUUUCUGUCGCCGAGUCCUCCAUCUUGGCAAGCUUGAUGAUGGUGGAUGGGAUAUUUGUGAUGACAAGGAUUUUAGACCUAAUGACAACUGUCUUGUAUAUUCUUAUGGAAUCAACUUCGACUUCAGUUUUGAUGAUGCCAUUGUGAAACAAUAUGGCUGUGAAGUUCAUGCCUAUGAUCCGAGUAUGAACAUGAUGGACCAUGUCCACGGAAAUAAAGUAUUUUUUCACAGCAUCGGCUUGACCAGCGAUAAUAAAACCAUGAAUGUAAAAGGCAUUCCGUGGAAAAUGGGAACAUUUGGAAAACACAGAUCCAUCAACGGCCACGUAAAAAGGCCAAUUGAUAUCUUAAAAGUGGACAUCGAGGAUUGGGAAUGGGUGGCGUUACCUGAAAUGUUGAAUUCUGGGAUGCUUCGGGAUGUGCAGCAAUUUGUCAUAGAACUCCACCUGACUAGGGUCAAAGCUGAACCAAGUACUGUACAGUACCUCAAGUGCUUGAAAAUACUCAAAGAUAUAUAUGACGAAGGAUUCAGAAUAUUCUGGACACAUCGCAAUCUAUGGUGCAAAUUUUACUCAUCGUUUGGACGUGAUGAAAGAUGUGGAUGUCAUGAGGUUUCGUUUGUGCGAGUGAAAUGAUCCGACACUUGGUGUUUAUUUUCACUCAAAUUUUCAUCGAAUGCAAGUAUAAGUACCCUGUGAAGUUAUUUUUAAAUGACAGAAAACAUUCAUGCUGAGUAAAGUUUUACACAAAUGUUGCUGUGUAUAGUUGUUGAAAGAUAAAUUUGUGAAAUUUUAAGUGUGUGUGCACAAUAUAAGGCACUUACUGACAGCAGGUCCUUGUUCACAAUCGUAGCCAGCUGUUAUAAAGUCAUUUCAUUUUGAGGAAUUAUGGUAUUUCAAGUCAUUCUGAAUAAUGAAUUCUAUUUUAACAGGGAGACUUCAAAGUUGGUUUUGAAAUUUCAUUAAGUGCUGUUUAACAUGAAAUAUUCGUGUGAACUUUCAUUCGUUGUUCGGAGAUUUCAAUUUUAUUGUUCAUGGUUAGCCAAUGCAACAAUAAUAUAACAAUAAUACAUUCAUGGUUCCAUAGCAACCACAAAAACAACAAAAAUUUAUACACAACAAAUAUUACAUGUUAUACUGUAGAUGUCAACUUUUACUCCAUCAUAAUGAAUAAAGUUGAUUUUUUUUAAUGAAAUUGUAUAUUUCAAAUGAUUUUGAUUUGCUGUAAAUGGAACAGCAAAAGGCUUUAUAUUAAGUGUCUAUUGUUAAACUGUGCCUCAUGAAUAUUUAAAGAUUAGCCAUGUGGAUGUUUUUUGAAAAAAGAUUUCCCUUGAAACAUCUUGAGAUUAUCGUAUAUACGUAAGGAAUUUCAUGUUUCAUUUUUGUGGAGAGAAAGUGAGAUUAGUUAUUGUGAGGUGAAGUGAUCAAGCAUAAUGUAUAAAGUUUGAGAAUAUUUUUUGAGCAUAAAGUAAUUACUAUGAUACAGAUAUUUUUAUACAUUUAAGCCACUAAAAAUGUUUUAUCACCAUUUGAAAUGUUUAUGAUAUUACUAUAGAGAUCACUGUAAUAAUAAUCAAAAAGCGUAUUAUUAUUUUUUUUUUUAUAAUAUUUUUAUUAUAUUAAAUGUCUAGAACAGACCAUCGAUUUGAUUUUAAUAGAAUUUUUGUCUUAGUUUUUCUUGAUUAAGAAUUGUAUUUAGAUGAAACAUUUAACUCAUUAGUCAAAACGAAUGCCAUGUGAAGCUCACAUAACCAGCAAUGCAAAAUGGAGUUUGUACUAUGUAAUUGGCCUUGUCAUUGAACAGAAUUCAUUUUCAUAUGAGAGAUUACAUUGUUGUCAUUCUUCAGUAUGCAGUCAAACCUGCUACGAAGACUACCUGUAUUAUGAGACCACCUGUGUUAUAAGACCACUCUUAGACUUGCCGUUGUAGUUGUUUCAUGUUUACAGAACCUGUGUAAAGAUUCCACUUUAUGGACUUUGUGGUCUCUGGAAGCAAGUUAAAAGGCUGUAAAGUAUAACCUGUCUAAACCGGAUGUGACCGGGACCAGAAUGUUUGGCCGGUUUACACAGGUAUCCUGUUUAUAUUGAUCGGUAAUAAUCAAACUUAACUCAAAUUUAACUAUGUACUAUAAUUUAAGAUGGAAAACACCAGCCCCAAACAAUAAAUCCAGAAUAGACAAGGAUCCAGAUUAGACAGGGGUCGGUUUUGACAAGUUAUACUGUAUAUCUUUUCAAGGUUGCAUAUGUUUAUUAUGACAUCUAAUAUAUUAUCAUAUAUUGCCUUUGUGUAUGUAGAAUGAUGUCAUUAUUCAUGUAGUCAGAGUUAAAUGAUAAUUGUACCAUAUCUAUCCUAUAACAAGCCCAAAGGUUGUUGAAUAGUCAAACACAUCGUUUAGCAUUCAUUAUAUGGCUGGAUCUGCUUUAGAGAUAUUGAGCGUGUCUGGAAUUGUUACCCUGAUUUCAUUAAUUUUCCUAAACUUAAACUGAUAUUCUGCCUUCAGCAGUGUCUUCCCGUUGUUAAAAUUUAAGUUUAGGAAAAUAAAUUAGUUGUUUUGAGGCCUGAUGUUAAAACAGUGAGUAUAGAAAGCCAAGGCAUGAUUGUGUAAGGAAAAUGAUAUUUUUUUAUGUUGAUUUUUACAAUACAUUUCAAAGUUAUGUAUGUCCUAUUUUAAUUACUUCUUCAAAUUAAUGAUUUCCAGUCUCUUUUUAGGCCCUGUAAUAUUUUUAAUAGCUGUUUCCAGAUUGUUUUGAAUUGAAGUAACAUGAUAGUAAUUUUUAUUAUUUUUUUAAAAAUUUUAAUUCAAAAUUUGAUGACGAUGUAUAAAAUUGUGGAUCGUUGUAGUGUAUAUGUAGGAGCUGUCACUGGAUAGAUCUGUUUAAAGCUUGAGAGUUCAGGGUCACUGUGAUGUUUCAGGCUCUAUUUCCUGUUGGCUGAUAUUAAGAAGACACUUGACAUUUUGAUAAGUGCUGUGCUGUUGUAAUGUUUUGUGUAAGAUAUGUUGGCCCUUUCCUUAACAGUUGUGGUUACAUGUAUUUUGUAUCUCCUCUGUUAGGAUUUUAUGAUUUUAUUUUGAAAAACAAAAUAAAAGAUAAUAAAAAAAUCCGUGUUCAUUUCCCUAGUACAUUUCAUGUCUCUUUACUCAAAUUACCAUCUAUAAACAGGAUUUACAAAAAUUUCUUCUCACUUUUAAUAAAAUAUCUUUCUCAUUUUCAUGUUAAUAUUUCCAGUUAUGAUAUUUCUUAGAUUCACAUGUUUUUCCCACCAUACAGCACUGUUGAGAAGAAAUUAUACAUGUUUUCCCAUCCUGCAUCACUGUUGUGUCAAAAUAUUACCUAGUACACAAUUUUCCCAUCAUGCAUCGCUGUUGGGUCAAAAAUAUUACCUAGUACACGAUUUUCCCAUCAUUCAUUGCUGUUGAGUCAAAAUAUUACCUGGUACACGUUUUCCCCCCCAUCAUGCAUUGCUGUUGAGUCAAAAUAUUACCUGGUACACAUUUUUCCCCAUGAUGCACCACUGUUGAGUCAAAAUAUUACCUAGUACACGAUUUUCCCAUCAUGCAUCGCUGUUGAGUCAAAAUAUUACCUGGUACACGUUUUUCCUAUCAUACAGCACUAUUGAAAAGAAAUUCUACAUUUUUUCCCAUCAUGCAUCACUGUUGAGUCAAAAUAUUACCUGCAGGUAUACAUUUUUUCCCCCAUCAUGCAUCACUGUUCAUCAUGCAUCAAUGUUCAGAUUGCUUUGUCAUUAUUGCAGGGAUAACAAAUUUUUCUAGUCAAUUUCUUACAAUCAUCUAAUACUCAUGUAAAUGUAUAUAUGUAUGUGAAAAAUUCUUCCCUACGAGUCUAAAUGUUACAUAUAGUUCUGGAUCAAAGUGAACACAAGUUUGAAUUCCUUUGUUACAUUAAGUAUUAUUUUAAUACAAUGUGUUCACAUGGAUAUCAAGGAGUGAUAAGUAAAGUCUUUGAUGGUGUAAAUUUUAGUUUCAAUGUUUGACAUGAAUCUCCGUUCGGUGUGAAUGCACUAGUAUAAUGUAUUAUGUAGAUAGCAUAAUAUUUUAAAAUGGGUAAAAGUAGAGACAAUGUAUUUUGAAUGAGAUUAUGUUGACUUUUGAUAUUUGUUUUAAGUAUAUUUUGUACCAGAAGUCCCCUCCCCUGGAGUCUGUUGCUUACCAUUCUGUCCAUAGAUGAGCCCCUCCAAUUGUGUAAAAGUUCAGUAUGAAAGUUUGGAGAGAGCUUAUGUGAUCUCCUGAUUUUAAAAAAUAUGAUUCUACACAAACGAAAGAGGCUUGUUUGUAGGCAGGGGGCAUAAUUAUGAAAAUAUAAUCAGUGCACGAUCAAUUUUGUUGACAGGAAGUGAUUUCAUUUAUUAUUUAAAACUGGAUAAUUUGAAGUUCAAUGCAAAUUACAAUGGAAAUUUGUUGACAAGGAAUUUUAUGAUAAUUUUGCUAUGUUAUCUUUUUGGAUAUACAUGUAUUCCGUUUAUAGUAACCAAAGAGAUUAUUCUGUAAAGCUUUAACCACACGAUAAUAGGCCAUUUUUGUUUAUUGAGAUCCGAACAGUGUAUAGAGUUGUUGGUAUAUGAAAUAAAAUGGACCUAUAGCUAGUUAUUUACCAUAGUUUAAAUUUAUGUUACUUUCUUGACGGGUUUUUUCAAAGCUUUCAAAGCCUGUAAUUUUUGAUAACAAAAGGCACCACGGUUUAAUUUUUUAGUACGGGAACAAUCCAAGGGACAUAACUCUUGAAAUGCAUAAGUUUUUAUAUUAUCCUAGAAUACAGCAGAAAUAAAGUUUAUACGGUUGUAUAUGUCCGUAAAAUACAAAUUGAUCUUUUACUUUGUGAUAAGAAUUAACAAAAAAAAACCAUUAGCACAGGAUCAAGUACAUAUGUACAUAAUUAUUCAUAAAUGAAUUCUCAGCAUAACUACGCAAGCUUCAAAAUACCCAUCUAUCUUCACUCUAACUGCUUAUAAAUAAUGCUGUAGGUAGCGCUCUUAGCUUUUCGGGAAGCUAACAUUUAUUUCAAGAUUAAAAUUGUAUGUUUUUCAGAUUUAGAAUUAAUUUAACCUUCAUUUGGUUACUGCCAAAAUUAUCUGCAAUGUCUGAAUGUAUUGUGGUCUUUUGAUUUUAAAAAGUUUGAGUAACGUUCCUUUUACACCUUAAUUAAUAUAUUGAUAUAACAUUCUAGUCACCAUUACCUAAAUGUCCACAGUGUUCUCAAAAUGACCUUAUGACCUUGUAAGAUAUAUAUGAUAUUAUGAAAAUACAUGUAUAUCUUGUUUUGAUUUUUAAAAACAAAUUAUUUAAAAACUGCCCUUUGUUAUGUUUUUGAAACAGUUGUUAUUCAAUAAUACAUGAUUUUCAAGUUAAGUUUUUAUAUAUUCCUAAAUGGUUGCUUCAUGGCAGUAAUUUUGAUAUAAAGAUUACAGUUAUAGUUUAUUUGAUUCUUUUUUAUUUAGAUUGCCCUGUCAUAGCAUAAUUGAUAAUUAACGGCUCUUCCAAAUAAUUGUAAUUAAUUAAAUAUUUCUUUCAGAUUAAUUAACUUCGUAAAUGCCAAAAAUAUUUAGCGAUCCAGUAUGUGUUUAACUUCAUUAAAAUGUAUGCUUCCUUACAAAUUUUAUGUCACAUUAGAGUUGUAUUCCUUGAUAGUAUUUUUUAUCAAUAUUUCCCAAAUAUUUCAGUAUUUGAUUUUUGUUUUUGUUCAUUUUUAGAUAAUCAUUCAUAAACACAUUUCCAUGUGAACAAGAUAUACGUGAUGUGGAACUCUUUAGCAGGAAGGUGCAUUUAGCAUCGUAAAGUCAAACCUGCUCGAGAGACCAUGUGUAAAGACCACAUAUAAUAAUGGACCAUUUUAAAACUUCCAGUUCUUUUUAUCUGUAUUAUUUUAUGGGCUUCAAAUGUGGGCUAUGAACUAAUGUUUGACAGUAUAUUUAAACCCCACCGAAAAAACUUUCACCUACAGAGAAGGGAAAGAACUAUAUUUGUAGAGUAUCUGUUUUUAUGGAAAGAAAUAUUGUCACAAAAAUAAAAUUCAUAUGUCCUUUUAAAAUUGAGGAAAUUUGUAGUACCAGGUAUUUUUUUCAGACGAUAAUUUUUAUUUUCAAUUUUGUUGAAUAAGUUAGUUAGGUAUAAGUAGAGUAAUACUUUUUGUUAAAUAGAACUAUUUCCACAAAAACAACAUUCAAAUAUCCUCUUAAUUUAAGGAAACAAGUAUUUUUUUCAGAUUUUUUAAUUUAUGAUUUUGUUGAAUAUGUUGGUUAAGUAUUGUGCGUUUGGAUGUCACUGUUGUUAUAGGCGAUCCACGACAUCCUUGCAUUUAUACCAUUGAUCUUCAUGUAUUCAAAUUGGACCAAUUUGAGGUCAAUAACGACAGGUCAUUGUUAUCUGAUGAUAACAAUAAAGAGAAAUUGCCAAAAGAUCAUCUGUCUUCAAUUAGAAGAUUCAACCUUUGCUGAUCUUAAAAUCAAAAGUCAAAAAUGCAUUUACAUUGUAUCAUUUCAGUCGUCCAAUAUUCAACUAAAACUUGUAUUAGUAUAUCUUAAUACUACAGAGCUGUCUCUCCAAAGUAGGCAUUAAUAUUGAUGUAUGAAAUAUCAAAGUGCUUAUAAGUAUUUUAAUUACAAGCCUUAGUAUGUACUCAUUUGUUAAAUGAUCAAUGAAAUAUGAUUUCACUAAUUUUUGAGAAUUUGUGAAUUAAUUUAAGUUGUUAUAUACUUGGUACUUGUUUAGUUACGUACACUGUAUUUGUACAUGUACAUGGGUUCAAUAUUAAAUGAACAUUUGAAAUAGA